CCGACUUGCGUGCCGCGCGGGUCAGAAGAGCGCGUGCAGGGGACAGGAACAGGAAGGAGAUCCGUGUCCAGAAAGUGGGACCCCCUCAGUGGUGGGACUUCCCCUUGUCUCCCUCCCCGCACCUGCAACCCCCACGCUGCAGGCAGCAGACGGCGCGCUGUCCGUCCUCCGAGGUGCUGAAUUACACCCCCCCCCCCCCCCCGCGUCCUGUGACGCAGGGCAUGAGGACCUCAGCAGCUCGGCAAGAACGCAAACAAAAGCUGCGCUGAAACCUUUGCAUGCAUGGAUUUGGAGACGAGCGACGAAAACUAAAGACAGAACCAACAGCAGGGACCUGAAGUGAUGGCCGGACUCUCCCCCUCCGCUCUGCGCUUGGGUCGGGCUGUUUGAGGCGCAGCAGAACCGCAGAGGAGCAGAGCUGUUCCAUCAGAGAGGUACUCUCAGUGUCUCUUUACACACUGGGGGAGGAAAUGUGAUAGACUGUACUUCUAAAGGUGGGGCUCUACAAGGGAAUGGGCUGCAUCAGCUCCAAAACUCCUGUUGGUGAAUGUUGAUGACACCAUUGAAAUGCUACCAAAAUCAAGAAGAGCUCUCACCAUUCAAGAGAUUGCUGCUUUAGCACGAUCCUCCCUGCAUGGUAUUUCACAGGUAGUGAAGGACCAUGUGACAAAGCCUACAGCCAUGGCGCAGGGCAGAGUGGCCCACCUGAUAGAGUGGAAGGGCUGGUGCAAGCCCAUGGACACUCCAGCAGCUCUGGAGUCAGACUUCAACUCUUAUUCUGAUCUGACAGAGGGGGAGCAGGAGGCACGUUUUGCUGCUGGUGUGGCAGAGCAAUUUGCCAUAGCAGAGGCUAAGCUGAGGGCCUGGUCCUCUGUGGACGGAGAAGAGUCCAACGAUGACUCAUAUGAUGAAGAUUUUCUGCCUGCCACUGAGCCCAGCACACAGAGCACAGACUUGACAUCUUCUUAUCCACCGUACUUGAAGGACCUGAUUCACAGCCAGCUUUGCCAACACCUGAAUCUGCGAAGGCCCUGUUCUGAACGUGGGGGAGGAAUCGGGGAGGAAGGUGGCAGCAGAGAGCCCUCCCCCACCACAGGUUCCUCUCCAGACACGCUGUGUUCCAGCCUGUGCAGCCUGGACGAACAGCACCCACUGCUGCGCGACCUGGGCAGCCACUGCAGCAGCCACUCCCAAAGCAACGCCGCCGAGCUCGCUGCCAAGAUCCUUUCUGCGCUGCACGGCAGGGAGGAGCUGUUGGCUCGACUUCAGAGGGUGGGGCAGAGUGUGCAUGGUGGGGUGGACUGUGGCUUCCACAGCCUGGGUGGGGGAGGUCAGAGCAUCAGGCGCUUUGGGGGUCAGGACUCUCCCUGCUACUCCACAUCUUACUCUGAGACAUACCUGUCACCUGGAGAGGAUGACGACACCCCCUGCAAAGACUAUGAGAACACCGUGUGUCAGGAGGAGACAGAGGGCAAUGGGGUGGAGUACCCACCUGACUACAAUUCCCACAGGAGGGUGUCCGAUGUGGCCUCUUCAGGGGUGGUUUCCCUGGAUGAGGAAGAUGAAGAGGAGGAGCUGGAAGAGAGAGCAGGGCAGCCUAACAACCAAUGACUCCUGGAUUCUCUCCUUAGUAUUGAAGCACUACAACCACUUGGAGCGGGGAAUUUAUUUUGUUUCAGCAACUAACACACUCUCUCUCUCAUUCUGCAUGGUAUCUGAACAGUUUAAAGCUGGUCUUGUGAUGUCCCCCCCAUCUGACUGAUGUACAAGUCAUCUGUCUUUGCCUUACUUGCAUCCUUUCAGCUCUUUUUUCCAUCCCGUAAGUGCUCUGUCCCUGUCCUCCCACUGAUUGACUCUUUCUGCUUUGAAGGCGUUCAAACAAUCUUUUCCAUCAGUGUGAAAACAGAGAGUGUUGGAUUUGGCUCAGCAGUCCAACCUCUGACUCAUGGGUAAGAUGCCCAUGGUUUCCGGCUCUGUUCCCACCUGCUCAGCAAACAGAAUGACUGAGAGUCCAGAACUAUGGCUACAGUAAAUCUGCAUGUGUUUUGCAAGUGCUGAAAUCAAUGGACUGACCUGGUCUCAAGCACGAUCUGUAUUCUCAGCUGUGCUGUAUCACCCCAGUCCACCCCCAACCCCUUCUUCCAUCAGAGACACUGCAUCCUUGCACCUGCUCUCUGCCUCCGCUCCCCUCUCCUUUCCUUUGCAAGAGACUGAAAAGCAUCAUUUUUGGCAUGGCUUGCAGAUUAUGCCAAACUAUUUAAUCCUGUCACUACCAAUUAUGAGCGAAUGCUGGAAUGUCUUUAAAGUGACGGGAAAUGGUACGUAUUUAUCUUAAAGUAAAGAAAAGAUUUGUCACCACUGAUAUAACAGAAAUGAUAUGCUUUUAUUCAACUAGUUUUCUAUCAGUCAAACAUGUUCACAAUAUUCUGAUCAGCAUUUUGACCCAACAUCAUGGUGAACUGGACUUUUCCUGGCAUUCUAUGGAUUCCUGCAUGGACGACACCAGGACUUUGGAUGUCUUAAAAACCAGAAGAACACACAAAAGCAUCAACAGAAAUGAUGAGAAACACAAAAAGAAUGCACUGGAAAUGCCACUUCUGUGAUGAAUGUUUAGGGAGAGGAAGCGAUUUUUCCUGUCAAGAGAUACGUUUCAUUGGAGAUUUUUCUAUAUUUUUGUAUGCAUCGUCUUGUUUGAUCUCUUUGCCUUUGCGGCGUGCCAGUGUAUGUGGUUUUUUGCACGAAGCUAACGUGGCUGUAGAUUUAUCCUGUUCUUUGUUAUCACUGUGUGAUAUAGUCUACUGGGAAAAAAUACUACAAAUGUGAACAAAAAAAUUCUGUUUUUGUUUUUUGUUUUUAAUCAAAAGAGGAUACUGUGAUGUGUUUUUCUUCCCCAUUUAUAAUGGUCCUCAUGAGGAAUUCUCCUUCUUUUCUUUUAUUUAAAACCUUUGGAUUGUUUUGUUUCAUAUUGACUUUUUAAAAGCUUUGCCUUUUAUUCUGUACUUUCCCUUUGUAUGAUUCUUAAAACAAGGGCAUGGUUCUGUGUUAUAAUCUACCAUCUCCAUGGUGACAUCAGGAGUGUUGUUAGUGUGCUCUCUGAGGGAACCGUCAUUCAUACAACUCAGGAAAAUCCCAUUGGAACAGAGCAUGGAUGGAUUCCACCCACAUACACACAGUAUAUCCCCUUUCUCCGUAUGUGAAAGUGUCUCAGAUUCAGUGUGAGAUAACAUCUGGUAUGCCGUUUUUUCUACAAGUAAUUCAAGCACAGACUCAGUCCCCACUUCUAUGGUAUAUGCUUUUUGUUUUUAAAAAAGAAAAAAAACUUAAACAAGCAAGUUUGUAUUUGACAUUUUGUGAAACUAUGUUUGAUUGUGAACUGUAAGAUGUCAACAAGCUUCUAAAGCUUGCACCGUAUAUAUCCAUUCCAAAAUCCCUCUGAUGCAUCUAUUCCCUUUAAACCUGUGUGUGGGGUAGCUGAACUUGUCACAAUGGGCUGGAGAUUUAAAGAAAAGGUUGAUAAAAACAAAAGCUGAAAGCAAACAGGGAUAUUGUGACUAAAUUACGGUUCACUCUCAACCCACCAUAAGUGCUCCUACAGGCAGAGUACAGGGACAACAUUAUGAGACUUGAUGUCACUCAAGCUUGUUAACACUGGAUAAAGUCCCAGACUGGCUGUGGAGACUUUUGAUCCUGCAAAUUUUACAAGUCAAGUGGUGAAAAAUCAAGAACCUGUUCUUGUUGUGUGCACUUGAACCAAGUUAGGACCAAUCAGAGCACAGUCCUUGCAAUAGUAUACAGCAUAGUAAUUGUACAAUGCAGUAGCCUCAAAAGUACUUCACACUUGUUUGACACGCAAGCAUCUCUAUACAAUCUUUCCACCUCCUUACUCUCUGCUGUUUUCAGGCUGACAGGAGGUGCAGUAAGGCUUUACUUUUGAACCCUUCAUCCUGCAUGAUGUUUUCUUACAUUCAAAUUGAUACAUUUUACAGUAAAUAAACACAAUGUGCAUCGGGUGAAAGAGAGACGAGAUGCUGCAAACACACCGUGGGUAUCUUGUUAUGUACUACUGACACAAAAUUUGUUAAUUAUACAUCGCAUCAGUGUUCCACAGGUAGACGGUACAAUUCUUCUCACCCCUUGAGCAAGUUGGUCAUGCAGCCUGUACCUAACAAGUGCUUUGUCUGUUCUAUUUCUCAAAUGUUUCAUUGGUGACCAUCAGGACCCCGCAGCCCAGCUGGACAACGGCUUAGUGGUUAGCCUCACGACAAGAAGGUCCUGGUAUCAAGCCCGGGUUGGGCCUGGGGUCUUGCUGUGUGGAGUUUGCAUCUUCUCCUCAUGUUUGCAUGGGUUUUCUCCAGGUAUUCCCUUGAAAAAGAGAUCAGUGAUCUCAGUGGAAUUUGCCUGGUUUAUUAAAGGAUAAGUAAGUCCCUGUGGUCUGUGUGUCUGAAACGCUUACAGUGGGAUUGUGAGUGUGUCAUUAGCUAGCUUUGGAAUUUCAAACUAUAGAAGACAAGGACAUAUUGUUAGGACAAUUAAAAAAGUCAGUAAAAAAACUCGGGGAACCAUUGAAGCUGUGCCUUUCAUACAUCACCUUUGACCUCUCAAACUGCAUCAUCAUCGUCAUCAUCAGUUGUAAAGCCUCUUUCGUGCCGCUCAAACUGUAAAUUGGCUUCCCAUUUUUGCAACCACCGUUCUUUGAGGAAGAGCACAGUUUGAGUCGGUUAGAAGCGUCAAAUGUCCCGUUGCAUCUCCUGCAUGUUUGCUCCUGCAGCAGCCGGAGGUUACAGCUUAGAUUUACGUCACUGUCCUUUUUGGUUGACACUAAAAGCCGGGCGAUGCUGGUGAAGCGAGGUUGUGCUUUUGUCAAGGCGUAGUGACACGAGCGUGUCAUUAUUCCACACCCUUCAUUUUUCCCCUCUAUUCAGUAGCUCUCUUCGUCAGACACAUUGCAUGCAUUUUUCUUUCUCAGUCUGAAUGUCCUCAUCAUCUCCCUCAGUGUUUUUUUAUACCUAACAAUCUAAUAUUUUUAUUGUUUCUGAGAACCACUACUCUGUUCAUCAACAUGAGAGCCUUUUGUCCUCUUAAGAACAGCAGCAUAUUUGUUGCUGAUACACACAGACAGCCUGAUGAAUGUGAUCCUUCUCCAUCCUAUCUGUCCUGUCAUUUCCUGCCUCCUCCCACCUCUCUUUGUCUGUCCUUUCCAUUCAUUCUGCCAUUUCUUUUCUCUCCGUCACUCCAUCCUGUCCCCUGCAGGGGAAUUAUUACAUAAAUAAAAGGACAUCUAAGUGCUACCUUUGCUGAAAGGCAAUUAGCCCAUGAUUAUAAAACCAACUGAAAAUCAGAUGUCUGCCUUUUUGUUACCCUCGUCUCCCUUCAGUCCAUCUCAUUUUUCCUCACACUCACCAGCACGAGUUUCUGGGAACUUUUAAAGUGAUGUGUCUCAAGAAAUUCAUGUAUUUUUCUGUUUAGUUCUCUCACUCAGAAAGAAUUCUGAUGUUCGUUUGAAAGCCAUUCAACAAGAAAACUCCACUGUCAUUUGCUCAGAUAUUUCAUUUCUCAUUCAUUCAAACGUGUGUGUUAGACAGUGUGCUUUAGUUUGUAGCUUUACGCACACACUGACGUGGGUUGCUUAUCACAUUGAAGUGCUCCAGAUUCUGUAUGUGUGUGUGUAAGUGUGUGUGAUGGUGGCAGGAGGACUCAGUGCUAUAAAAAGACAUCAAAACAUUUGUUGGACAGCAUUGAGGCAGGAGGGCCCAUAAAUAUUCAGUUGGUGGUUGUGCCCUCGUCACCCUGUAACCUACUUAUCAUUUCAGAACAAAGCAGAUCGGCCCAGGAGCUGCUCUUUUCACACCAUCACCUCCAUCAGUGAAUGCAGGGAGAGAAUCUGGCAAUGCAAAAGGAAAAACAGUGAGAAAACCGUUCUAAGAAGUCAAUACAAAGACAGACUGUUUUGUGUUUAACCCACAGCAGGGGUUAAACACAAACCCCUGAUGCACCAUAACACCAGAGCACACAAUGAGACACACCUCAUCCAGUUUCAUCCAUGCAGGUUAUAAAUUAAAAUGAGUUGGAUGUGCCCACUCAAAGUGAAAACAACAGUUCAGAGGGUCCAAGAAGGUUCAGAGAACAAAGCCAUACAACUUCCCCCAACAGAGAUAAAGAGCGAUUCAUUUCAGGUUAAGACGUAAACGGUAACCUAUGA